GCAUGAACGGCGGGAGCAGGGUACUUGUUUGAGUGAUCGACCGCUUGUCCUGUCUGGAUCUGAGCCUCAGAAGUAGACGACCACCAGGAUGGAGCUCGGCAUCUCGGGGGUGACCCUGUGUUGCGAUACUCGCCUCCCUUCUUCGUGACCCGACAAGCUUCCUCUUGGCACCACUGCUUGACCCUCUCUCUCCACAGCGAACUGCCUCGUUUCGGCUCGUUGUGGGUUCGUUCUGUCCGUGUGAACCCCCAAUCUCGAGAUUCCCUCCUUCACCCUCUUUUUGUUUGGUGAUAGGUUAUGGGAUGGCCGUCGUCUGAUCACAUCACGACGUGACCGACGGGAACCUUCCACUAUGAUACGCUCCUUCACUUGAGAAUAUUUCUUUUCUUUAAUUGCCCCAUUGACUGGGCUGGUUUCCCUUCUCUUCUCACCUAUUCUUCUUUCCAGCCGGCGCCAACAUGGCGGUCGAGGGUGCGACGCAGGCCCUCGUCGCGGCUUUCUUCUUCGGGAUCGUGUUGAACGCGGCGUCCGCGGCUCUCGUUCUCUACGUUAAGGGGUAUGGCCUCUCCGCCGUAUUUCGGGACAGCCAGAGGCUGGUCCUCGUUCUUUUUCUCCUGAGUGCGGCCCUGUGGGCCCAGAUCGAUUUUAUAACAGUCCUUCUCGACAUCUCGACGUCGUCGAUGCCCUGCCAGAUCGGCAUUAUAUUCUCUACCACAUUCGACCAGUUCGCGCGUUUCUCGGUCGAGCAGUUCCUCUUAUGGGCUCUGAAUAAUAACAAUGGCGCGAAGCUCUCGCUCACCCAGCUGAUCCCCCAGGUCUUGGUCCUGGUCAGGUUCCUGGCCGGAGCUGUCUUUAUCGGGUUCACCCGGCCGCAGACUGAUGACUUCUGCCUCGCCACCACGUCUGCGCUUCCUGUUGGUAUCCUGGUCGCGGGUCUGGACGGAGCCAUCGUUUUGCUCCUCAUCAUUAGGGCCUAUUCGGCGGGAGGGGCGGCGAAGGAAAACCGCGAUGGCAAAGGAGUUGACGCCGACCGGGCCAGAGCGCUGAUGGCUGUGCUGCUGGGUUUGGUGUUCUGGACCGGGACGAGUGUGCCGAUGCUUCUCGGCUUUGAAACUCUAGCCCUGGCUACCAGGACGGCUCUUCCGGCCGGCGGUUUGUUGGUUGUGAUCAUUUUUGUGGCAAGUGGUGCUGGGACUCUACUCACGUCCCGAGCAACAGGCUCUCGGCCGCCAGAGGCACCAUCACCAAGACGGAUCAACAUCAGCCGCGAUAUUUCGACCUCCGACACUGAUUAUCCUCCGACUCGCUUUGAGGACCUCAAAGAAGCGGCCAUUCGGUCCUCCAGAACAUUCGUCAACCCGAGAGACGCACCGAGAGUCAAGGAUGAAACGAGUAUUGGGUUCGAUUUCGGAGCCGAAGGCACACGUCAAGCCGAGCCGAUGCCGCCGCUUCCAGCUAAUAUCAGCCACAAGCCGAAUGCGUUCCACCUUACGAAAGGAAAGAUGACCAUCAGCCACCCGAUUGUCCAACAAAAUGACGGCCAGAAUCCUUGGAGCAAAAUCGCCGUGGUGGAUCUCAAGGAGGCUGCGGUGGCAGAGAGGGAGAGAAGAGCCAGGAUGCAGGAAGAAGAAAACGUGACGGUCAGCCGCCCUGCAUGGGUAUCGAUGGACCUGACCCCGGAGGAAGCGUUGAAGCGCGGUGUUAGCCUCAAGAGGAAAGAAGUCGCCUCUGCCUCUAUCCGGGAGAGCCUUUUCCCCGGCGCCCUUCAGCCAGAGGAUGCAGCGGUCGCGGUAACCACGUCCGCCCAGCUGUCUCCGGGCGGAGAGGAGACUCGUCGGAGGUCGCCUCGGCCAUCGCCGCAGGAGGAGCCAGUACAGCCACGGCAAGCAUCACCGGUUCAGGCUACGCAAUCCCCCGACGCCGAGUCUCAGUCCCCGCAAAACCACACGUUGGCCAUGCAACAACCUCUCCCGAGGUCGAAUAUUCGCCCCUCAAGGAUGCUACCUCCGUCGCCAACAACGCCGCCACCUGAACCGACCAAGACUCCGCUCCAGAGGCGCCCAACUAUUGGCCUUCCGUCGAACCCAAGGGCACGGGGUCUUGCAGUCACCGAAGAGCCGGGAUCGCAGCACCGGACCAUCCUAUUUGUGAAUAACAUCGAAUACAACGACCCAGCUAUGGUUCAGGCCAUCAUCAAGACCGCAGGCCACCCCUCUACAAAGCCCGCCCCUGUUGCUGAAACUCCUGGAACUUCACGGUCGGUCGUUAACCGCCCGCGUCCGAUCCCGCGGAAACCGGCAGACUCGCCAGCAGAGUCUAGCCCAGCGCUUAGCCACCGUCGAACUAAGUCUGGCGGCUCUGUGAUGGGGAGGAAGUCUCUUCUUGCCCCGUCGCCCGGUAGCCCCACAACGCUUCCGCCUCUCCCUGUCCUGCCGAGGAGCGCGACGGUAGGAGCCAGGCCGCACCCCAACAACACAAAGAGCAUGACCUUCCAAGAGAAGGUCACACUCCUGUUCCCAAGCCCACCGAGCUCUAACGCGAUCAAGCGCCGAUCAUCUCUCCCCGAUGUUCCGCCCAUUCCUGCAUCUUACUGGGAUAUCGACUCCUCCCCGAGUGAGCCCUAUGGGCGCCAGCAUUCUAACCGGACGACGCAAGCAUCUACUCGUACGGAAAGCGUUUUGGAAGUUGACGAGAUCUCGCGCAACCCUAAGAAGACGAGGGUGAAUGCAGGCGAAGCCGGGAGCUCUUGGCUCCGCGCGUUGGGUGACGAGGACGGUGGUGACCCGAGCAACAACCCACGCGUGAAGGAAGCUAGCGGGAAGCGCGGGUCGUCCCCAGUUCUCCCCGGAGUCCCGGCUCGUGCGUCCGCCUGGACAGAGACAACAUACGACCGCUCCGAGGACGACGGGACGAACUGGAGCUCUAUCAACACGCCGGAGGUGGCCAUUGGUGUUCCCGUUAUGCAGCGGCUCGGCCUGCCGUCGUCAGUUCGGAUGCCUGGCCGUCAAGACAUGAGAGGGUCGGAGCUUUCCUUCGCCGACAACCGCAGCCGGGAGACAUUGCCGAUCAUGCUCGACACCUCCACCGUUCAGCAGUUCGAUCGCCAGAGCCCGAUGGUUUCGGAAGUUGACGCCGUGGUAAGCCCAGUGCUACCUACUUGGCACCGACGUGUGGGCGACGUGUGCCCAACUUUCUCAGACAGAGCGAAGAAGGUCAAGGCUAGGAAGAUGCCCCCUCCUGCGCCUCUGCCGCUACACACUCUUUCAACGAAAAAGAUCCUCGCCGUUCAAGUUGAGCCUUCUCCGCUUGAGUCCCCUGGGCAAGCCAUCCAGCAAAUUCAGGCGCAAUUGAAGAAGCUUGAUGAGCUUGAGCAACCCACUCCGGAAAGUGCGUCGCGGCGCAUAGCACUCCUUGAGGAUCUCGAACGGGAGAUGGGCCAACAGGAGGAGCACUGGGAGGAGAUCAAGCAUGACAUUGGCCGUGAUUCUCUGUCCAGCAUGCAGACUACGUCGCCCACGGCCCAGGACUCGCGCCACGCGUCUGUAGCCAGCACUAUCAAUAUGGCUCGUGAGCCGACCAGAAAGAGCAUCGGGGCAGAACGUAGAGCCUCCCGCCUUGCUCACAUGCAGAACGCCAUCCCCAUCGUCCCCGAGCCACCAGUACGGAACUCGGUGAGCCCACAGAUGAGCAAGUGGCAGAAGCGGUUGACGGAGGCGCAGAUGGAUUACAUGGACGCUCGACUCCUCCGUGCUAGCAACGUCAAUUUCCUGCAACUGACGAGAGCUCAGCUUGCUAGUCCUACUCCACCAGACUCAGACGACUCUGAGGUCCCGCCUCUCCCAAGUUUUGACGAGGGAGCUAUGGUUGGGCAGCCAUCAGAAGCGCCCCAAGAGUCAGCCUUGCUAUGGACGCCUGCAUCAAAGGACGCUGCCCCGACAAGCUUCCUCUGGGCGGCUACUUCGAAGCCUAGCCCGGAGAUCGAUGCUCCACUCCCGGCCCUGUCGGUCCGUCCAGCACAGAGAAAGGAGUGGGCGCCUCUUCAGAUCAAGAGCGCUCAGCUCUGGCGCAAGCCGUACAACACCGCGAACCGGGCAACCUCGGGUCUCUGGCGCCCUCUCUGGGCUUCAGCAGCACCUCCCGCCGAACCACUAGCUCGCGUGCCCUCCAAGUCAGAGCCCGCCUCGCAAAAGGCCCCACGACCGGUAACUCAACGGCCCCCACGCCGUAACAAGCGCGUUACGCUGCUCCCAGACAUUCUCGAAAGCCCAAAACCUCUUCCGGACAAGCGUGGAACUCUCGGCAUUUUCCAGUUUCCAUGGGGCGAGAAGUCCGACACCGCGAGAGUCCAACCGCGCCCGAGCGUGUACAUGGCCAUGCCCGGUACUAUGUCGUCAGGUACUCCGUCUAUCGGUAUGGCAGGCCGCUCAAUACGGCCAGAGUCAGACGAGUACUCUUCCUCGUUCUUUGACGACUACGACGACGAGGACGAUAUCAUGGGGAUGGACUCCGACGAGGAUGGUGACGACGGGUUUGACGAGACAACACUGUGGGAAAUUGCCAGCCUUUUGAAGACCGAUGAGGUGCCGUCGAGGAAUAGCUUGCUACCGCCCCCAUCCGAGCCGGUCGUGGAUGACUAUCUUGAUGAACUGCCUUCGGACGAUGAAGGUCAGUCGAUCGUGAUUGGCCUGGCUGAACCCCUUGAGGCGCUUGCUGAGCAGCAGCGUGACUCGGCGACACUGGAGAGCUCGGCUCUGCUGAUGCUCGAAGACGCCAUCGAGUCCAAGACGGCGCCCAAGCAGGCUAUCAGAAUUGGCCUGCCUGCCAACCCCAAGGCCUCUCUGAACAGUCGCGCGGCCCUUGUUGCUCCCCAGGCGACACCAGAACCCGAGAUGUCUCGGAUGCCGCGCCACACCGCCGAAGUCCAAAAGGCCACGAUUGUCCAAAAGAAAGGAUCUGUCGGCUUGUGGCACCCGCCCAGCCAAGCGGAUACGCCUUCCGCACCAGGAGGCUUGUUCGUAUUCGAGGCCCGCCGAUCUGACGGCCGUGGCACCUCCGAGGAGCCGGCUGCCAUGCACAUGAGCCGGAAAUCACGCCCGGCUGAGCAGAAAUCCCUGGAGCGGUUGGCGUCGACAGAUCUCUGGACCUCUGCGGAUGCUAGAAAGAAGAGUGAGCGGAAUUGGAUCUUAGGGGCGAAGACAAAGCACCGGGGGAGCAGGCUUCAACGACAGCAGACUACUCCCGAGGACUGGAAGGCUGCUCUGAGCAAAGCCAUCGCAGCCAGCUACCCAAGCCGCAAGAAGCUCAACCGGAUCACCACCCCUGCCCAGUGGGAAGCCGCGCUUCAAGAAGCCAUCGCAGCCAGCUACCCAAGCCGCAAGAAGCUCAACCGGACCAUCUCCACCCCUAGGGUUUGGGAAGCCGCGCUUCAAGAAGCCAUCUCCCUCUCUACCCGUCAACAAUCAUCAGCCUUCAACCCCGCCAUCCGCCACCCAGUCUUCUUCGGCUCCCUGACCAUCACCUGCCCAGAAGAGGCCGUCCACCCUGCCAUUCCGGCCCCCUCAGCCAAGAAACUGCACCGGCCAUCCUCCAACUCGCGGAGCCGCAGCCGCAGCACCAGUCGGACCCAACGCAAGGAGGAGGUCCGCGCGGUUGAGCACGAGGUGCAUACGUCGAGCGACGCCCCGCCGCCAGUCCCGGCUACUCUACAGGCAACCUUCUCGCACAACAGUGCCAUCCAGGCGCAGAUCGAGGCGCUCGAGCAGGAGCGGUUGUUUGCGGAGCGCACUGCGAAGGCCGAGUACCACCGGCGCACGAGCAUGGCGGCUGCUGCUGUCGCAGAGCCAGUGGUGGCGAUGGAGGAGGAGGUUACGGGCGUGGAGACGGUGCAGGACUUGCAGAGGAGGCUGAGCUUGCGGAUUCGGCAGUCGUUGGUCUUCACGUCGGCUCCGAUUCAACCCAAGGCGCCGGAACCGCCCGUUGUGGUUGCUGCUCCGGUUGAGGUGGCGAGGUUUGAGCCGAGGAGGAAGUCUGAGCCCCGCAAGGAUGCCAGCUACCUGUGGAUUCCUCAUUCCCAGUCUGUGGCUGCGGUUUCAACAACCGGCCUGUGGUUGCCAGCCGCUAAGCGUGACUUUUCCACCAGCCCCUCGGCGGAAGAAGACGCCAUCGCCGCCUCGCAACGGGCACACCGGCGAGAAAUGCUGCAGAAGAAGCAGCUAACACAAGAGAUCCUUGCACAAAUGGCUGCGGUAGAAAGGGGCGAGAACCCCUUUGUUCACUUUGCAAAGAUGGACCUGUGGGUGAAUGGGGAGAGGGCGGCUGUGGCUCGGGCGUCGGAGAGGGACUGGCUGCAUAAUGUGUGUGCGCCGAUGGCGAAGAAGCAGUCGAAGGGCAAACAACUCUGGACCUCUUCCCUUCUUUCCAACAACCGUUCCCUUUCGCGAACCAGCCUCUGGACGCCCAUGGCCGGCCCUCAAGUGUUGUCCUCGGAAGAAGAGGACGCCAACCAUACCGGCCAGAGCAGGAGGAACCGGCGACGACAAGAACCCUUCACGCCAACCACCAAGGUACCGCAGGGAGUGGAAAUGUGGACUAAGAGCACCGUGUCUCCUCAACAAGCGACGAGGCAAGAUUGGUUGCACAGCGUGUGCGCACCAGUCCCGACUUCGGCCUCAACACCCGGCGGUACGAGCAAACAGCUCUGGGCCCCUUACCGUCCCAGCAGCCGUUCCGACUCAACCGUCCACUUGUGGCCCGGAACAGCCUCCUCGGUCUCAUCCCUCCUGCCCAUGCCCACAGCGCGCGCCGGAAAUAGGAACCACCGACGGCAAGACAAGUCCGCCCAGCCCGCUCGCAUCGAGCGGCGCGCGGCGAUGUGGACCAAGCAAAGCGUCGCCUCGGCUCAACAGAAGACCAAGCACGAUUGGUUGCACAGUGUAUGCACACCCGCCUCGACCUCGCCCUCGACCACCGGCGGCGUGACCAAACAGCUCUGGGCCUCUCACCGUUCCAGCAACACCAGCCGGUCCGCCUCAACCCUCCACCUGUGGCCCGGAACGGCCUCAUCGGCGUCAUCUCCCAGGGAAGAAGAGUACAGGCUCAUGGCCACGGUGCUCACUGGAAGCGGCAAGAACCGUCGACGGCAAGAAACACUCACCCAACCAGCUCACAUUGAUCAGCGUUCCGGAAUGUGGACCAAGCAGAGCGUCGCCGCGGCUCAACAAAAGACCAAGAAGCACGAUUGGUUGCACAGCGUACGCACACCGACCCGGACCUCGACCUCGGCCACCGGCCGCGUGAGCAAACAACUCUGGGCCGCUCGCCGUCCUAGCAACACCAGCAGUUCCGCCUCAACCGUCCAUCUGUGGCCUGGAACAGCGUCCUUGGCCAGCUCCAUUCCCACGGCGCACACCGGGGGCAGGAAGAACCACCGCCGGCAAGCCACACCAACCCAACCGGCCCACAUCAAGCCGCACACGGAGAUGUGGACCAAGCAGCAGAGUGUCGUCACAGCCCAACAAAACACCAAGCACGACUGGCUCCACACCGUCUGCACACCCACCUCAACCCCAACCUCCCCCAGCAGCCACGCCACGAGCAAACACCUUUGGACGACCGCCGCGCCCCGCCGCCGCUCCGGCAGCGCGCCGGGCUCGGUCGGCUUGUGGUCCGAGACAACCGCCACCGCCGCCAACUCGUCCUCCGGUUUGGUGGAAGCGGAAGACGGGUUCGCGAUGGCGGCACGCGGGCGGCGCAGGAAGGCGAUGCAGGAAAUGGUGGAGAUGCAGGAGGUGCUGGCGCGGAUCGCGGCGAUUGAGCGCGGGGAAGAUGUGUUUGUUGAUGAUGGUUUCAGGGGGGCGCGGGAGGGGAUGUGGAGUGUCGGUGUGAAUGUGAGGAAUGGAAUGGGGGUGGGUAGUGGUGGCCGGAGGGAUUGGCUGCAUAGUGUGUGCGUGAGGCGGACGAGGGGGGUGGUGUUGAGGUAUUAGGGAGGGGGUGGCUUGGUUAGUUGUGUGGUGGAAGUGUGUGUGAAGUUGGAUACCCAUCUGGGGGGAGGGAGAGUUUGUAAUACCCGGCUUUGCGGUAACCGUUGUUGUGGCCGACUGGCCCGUCCUGGUUCCGGUCUUUUUUUCUUCGAUUUUGUUUGU